AUGACGCUCAAGGACCUGCUGAAGAAGAAGGACAGGAUCAGGGACGAGGCCGCAUCGCAGCCGCUACCGCCGCGCGCCAGCGCCGACGACGCAGCAGCGCGCGCUCCGCCCCCUGAGUUCACGUUCAUGCGCACCACGACCACAACCCAAGAGGUCAUCGCCCCACCCAGCUUCCCCGGCGAACAGCCGCCGAAGACGCCCACCAACCACCACGGCAACUUUCUGUCGCCCCACGACAUCUCCCCGAGCGUAAAGUCCUCGCCAGAGAGCCGCAAGAGCAUCUUCGGCCGCUCGCUCUCCAACGCCGGCUCCCGCGACAACAAGCGCCUCUCGGAGCGCCUGCCCUUCGGCGGGCGCUCGCGCUCGGCCUCCAGCCUGGUCAGCUUGCCCUCAGACCUGCCCGCGGUCAACGAGGGCGUCGCGCGCAAUGCCGACGACGAGGCGCAGUGGGAGAAGAGGGCGACGAUACUGGCUAAGGGCACGUUGAUCAGCAAGGCGGGCAAUCUGGGAGAUGGCGGGCUGGACGUGCCGCGCCGGAGUCCCAGCCCAGCCGUGAGCGACCCGGGGAGAGACGAAAACAUCCAGGAAGCCAUCAGGCUCCACGAGGCUGGCGACCUGGAGCGGUCGACGGAGAUAUUCGGGCGGCUGGCAGACCCCAACGGUACCAACAACGCGUUGAGCCAGGUGCUAUACGGGCUCGCCCUGAGACACGGCUGGGGAUGCCCACCGAAUCCUGAGCUGGCAGUCACGUAUCUCUCGUAUGCGGCAUCGAACAGCGCCGAGAUCGAGUCUCUGGCGCUGCAGGCGGGCAUGAAGAAGGGCGGUGCGGCCAAAGGCGAGCUCGUGCUGGCCAUGUUUGAGCUUGCCAAUAGUUUCCGGCACGGCUGGGGCGUCAAGAAGGAUGCGUCGGCUGCCAGACAAUACUACGAGACGGCUGCCAACCUGGGCGACACUGACGCAAUGAACGAGGCGGCCUGGUGCUAUCUCGAAGGCUUUGGGGGCAAGAAGGACAAGUUCAAAGCCGCACAGUUCCUUCGAUUGGCGGAGCAGAAGGGAAACAAGACAAUCGGCAACACCUGGUAA